AUGUAGAUACUUUUAAUAAGUAAAAAAUCUUAAUGAUUAUAAGGUUUGUUGAACUCUCCUAAGAUAGAGAAUAUGACCAUGCCAUUUUUGAAAGGAGAAAAUUAUUUGUAUAAAAUCAAAAAAUAAAUUAGCAAAGAAUAAUUAAAAUGCUUUACUUGUUUAAAGAUGGCAAAAAUGAUUGAUCUGGAUUAACUAUAUGCGCAUAAAAUUUAUUUUUCUAUAUUUUUGAAUUAGAGGAAGAUAAAAUAUUCUCCAGCCAAAAAAUUUCUAAAACUAAAAUGGAAACAAUAAAUCAACUUGGAGAGGAACUACCAUUUUAUUCAUGCUGCUGAGACUUUUGAUCAAAUGAAUCACCCCAUCUAUAUUAGCCGGUAAACAGAGAAAUCCAUGAAUAAAACCUAGUGUUGA